AUGGCUGACGAACACUACAACGCUGAGGAGGCUGCCGAGAUCAAGAAGAGAAGACAGUUCCGCAAGUUUUCUUACCGCGGUAUUGACCUCGACCAGCUCCUCGACCUCUCCUCCGAGCAGCUCCGUGAUGUCGUCCACGCCCGCGCUCGCCGCAGGUUCAACCGUGGCCUGAAGCGCAAGCCCAUGGGUCUCAUCAAGAAGCUCCGUAAGGCCAAGCAGGAGGCCCGCCCCAACGAGAAGCCCGACCUCGUCAAGACCCACCUCCGUGACAUGAUCGUUGUCCCCGAGAUGAUCGGCAGCGUCAUCGGUAUCUACUCCGGAAAGGAGUUCAACCAGAUCGAAGUCAAGCCCGAGAUGGUUGGCCACUACCUGGGAGAAUUCUCCAUCUCAUACAAGCCCGUCAAGCACGGUCGUCCCGGUAUUGGUGCCACCCACUCUUCCCGUUUCAUUCCCCUCAAAUAA